UCCCUUCAGAAAGGCUCUGUACCUCUGCCCUCAAGCACAGUUGCAGCCUCUGAGAGGAGAUGCCAUGACCUUCAACUUCACAGCCCUGCUGUGUCUUGGACUGACUCUGGGCCUCUGGAUGCCAUUGAUUAGAGGGUCCCUCCCUAAGCCUAUCCUCAGAGCACACCCAGACUCUGUGGUCUACAUGGGAACUAAUGUGACCUUGUUGUGUGAAGAGACCAUCGGAGCCAAAGAGUGCAUUCUCUAUAAAAAUGGAUAUCCAUAUAGGAAAGUCACAAAGAACCAACAGAAGCCAGAAAACAAGACUGGAUUCUCAUUCUUAAAUGUAGACCAACAAGAUGCAGCACAGUAUCAAUGUUCCUAUAGGACCCAGGCUAAAUCAUCAGACUUCAGUGACCCUCUGGAACUGGUGGUGACAGGAGCCUACAGGAAACCCAGCCUUUCAGCCCAAACUAACCAUGUGGUGACCUCGGGAGAGUAUGUCACCCUCCUUUGUGAAUCUCGGUUGGAUUAUCACAGGUUCAUUCUGAUGGUAAAAGGACCACAGAAGCUCUCCUGGAAGCAAGUCUCAAAAUUUAACUACUCUACAAGGAUGUUCCAGGCCCUGUUCUCUGUCGGCCCUGUGACCCCCAACCAGAGAUGGAUAUGCAGAUGCUACAGCUAUUACAUGAACAAACCACAGGUGUGGUCAGAUCCUAGUGAACCCCUGGAGCUCCUGGUCUCAGGAAAACUCCAAAAACCAACCAUCAAAUCUGAACCAGGCUCUGUGAUCCCCUCCGGAAAAGCCAUGACCAUCUGGUGUCAGGGAAACCUGGAUGCUGAAAUAUGUUUUCUGAAUAAGGAGAAAAGCCAAGAAACCUGGAGCACACAGACCCUACAGGAGCCUCGAAACAAGGGCAAGUUCUUCAUCCCUUCUGUGAGGAGAGAGCAUGCAGGACAAUAUCGCUGUUAUUGUUACAGCUCAGCUGGUUGGUCAGAGCCCAGUGACACCCUGGAGCUGGUGGUGACAGGGCUGUCCAAGAAGCCCUCUCUGCUGACUCACCAAGGCCAUAUCCUGGACCCUGGAAUGAGCCUCACACUGCAGUGUUGGUCUGACAUCAACUAUGACAGCUUUGCUCUGUACAAGGUGGGGGAAUCUAACAUCAUGCAGCACCCUAGCCAGUGGACGGACACUGGCCUCUCCAUGGCCAACUUUACACUUGACAAUGUGAGCUACUCCACUGGAGGUCAAUACAGAUGCUAUGGUUUGAACAACCUCUCCUUUGAGUGGUCAGCAUCCAGUGAUGCCCUGGACAUCCUGAUCAGAGGACAGCUCUUUGACACUCCUUCCCUCUCAGUGAAGCCUAACUCCACAGUACACUCAGGAGAGAAUAUGACCCUGUUGUGUGGGUGA